AUGAGAACAUUAAAAAAGAUACUAACAAAACGUCGACAGGAGCUGUAUAAAACUGUUGGCGGGUCCCCAUCUAGGUCAGGUUUUACGGACAUUGAGGAAAAAGUUAUGGCGAUAUGCUCCAAUAUCAUGGGUCUAGAUGCUCGCAAUGACAGUGACAGUAAACAAGAACCAAAAGAGAAAGAGGUUGACAAAGUUGCCCCGGAAACACUGCAACCAUUGAAAAACAAUAAUAUAUCCUUUCACUCUAGGUCAGUGAUGGGCAAAGUACGGCCUGCGGGCCAACUCCAGCCCGCAAAAGUAUUUAAUCCGGCCCGCCGAGGAUCCAUCGACAUAGAUAGUAUAUGGCCCGCUAUAAUUACGUUUUGA